AUGCGGCGAUUGCAGUUGCUAGGUAAAUCCAAGAACUUUCUAAAGAAUUCUACAAAAUAUAGAGAUUUGAGUCAAACCGAACCUCCAGAAGAACAACGAUGCUUUGAAGAUCAUACUGAUACUAAUGUUGAUUCAAAUUUGAAAUUAGUAGAUGUGUCGGGUCUUCUAAGCUUACCUGAAAAGAUAUUACUCAUGAUCCUUGAAGAUCUAGAUAAUAAAACGCUUACAACACUUUGUUUAGUAAAUUCAUUCCUUUAUCGAAUCAUUUCGGAUAAUUGUCUUUAUAAAGUGGUUAAAUUAACAUCCAAAUUAUCUCUUUUGAGAUUUAAUGCAUUAAUACAUUCGGAGUUUCAUACUAUAAAUUCAAUAUCAUCUGUUACAAGUGGAUCUCAAAACGCAAGGUUUUUAACACAAACUAUUGAUUUUAUUAAUCCUCAAUGUCAGGAUUCUUUACUAAAAUAUAGCAAAUAUCAUAGCAAAAAGGGUGCAGAUCAUUCUGUUAUUGGAGGAUCUUACUCAUACACAGCUAACCCAAUUACCUCAUCUCCAAAAGUUAGAUCAACAAAUACAGAUAAUAAAAAAUCAGUCAUAAACAAUUCACAUGAUACAUCACAAUAUACCAAUGAAAGAUUAAGUACACAUUCUCCAUUCUUAUCUAAUGAUAGUACAAAAUUAAAUAAACGAACUUUGGAAUUUUUGGAAACCUUGAAUAAACUCGAAUACAAAUAUUCCCAUUACACGUAUAUUGAAUUGAUGCUAGAUAUAAUAGACUAUUUGCCAAAUUUAUCACAUAUUAUAUUAAGUAAAGUAGAACCAAGCUUCAAAAUUCCAUUGUGGUAUUCAGCAUUCAAUGAUGGCUCAAAGGAUUUCUUCAGGAAAAUUAUAAAGGGACAACAAUCUUUAAAUAAUAACGACUUACGAUCAUUCCAAAUAUCACCUGAAUUCUUAAACGAUUAUGAAAGAAAAUUUUAUUCUUUGCAAAGGUUUAAAACUUUGGAGAUCCAAGCCAUAUCUGAUUCGACUAAAAGAAAUGUUCCGAUUGUCCCAUUGAGGUUUAACAUGCUUUGUUGUUUUGGUAUUAUUAAUGAAUUGAUAUUAGAUAACGUAAUUAUAGACACAGAGUCAUUAGACACACCUAUGGAAUUUCUUCCGUUAUAUAUAAGAAAAGAACAAAAAUCUUCUUCACAAAAGGAUAUCUAUGAUUUGCAUUCUACUUACAAUACACUAACUCUGAGAAAAUGUCACAUAGUGCCAGGAAAUGGUAUCUUAAGACUGUUCCAUAGCUAUUUCCAAAGUGUUACAAAUGUAAGUUUAUUAAGCCUUACAAGUAAAUUUGAUCUCUUACUUUGUAAUUGUUUCCCUGCAUUGAAAGAUUUGACAAUAGAUUGUAAUAGUAGAUGUUUUACACACACUUCUUUGGUAAAUGAUGAUUAUUAUUACAAAGAAAUUAAUGACCAAGCGUUUGAUGAAGACGAUACGGCAUCGGUGGCAGAAACUUUAUUAGAUAAACCAGUGCGACAUAUUUUACAAGUCCCACCACCUACUACAGCUGUGGUGUUGUCAUUAAACCUUAACUAUAUUUCAAGGACAACAAUCGAUAAAAGUUCAGCAAUGACUGCAAAGAAACCUUCAAUGAUUACUCAAUCUCAAAGUGAAUUUUUUCAUAUGACAAGGAUCCCAAGUUUCCAUUAUUGUUAUCAUUAUUUCAAAAAACUCUUUGAAAGAAUUCCUUCCCGUAAUGUAAAUAUUAACGUCAUAAAUAUUCCUUUCACCAAUGUUUUCCCAUUAUCACCAUUAGAUUAUUGGGAAAAAGUAUUAAAUAAAAUUCUCUCCAACGAUCAGGAAACCUUGAUUGCAUAUCAUCAAAAUGACAUCCAUGAAGAUGAAUUACAUAAUACCAAUAAUGAAUCAUUACCAAAUACAAAUUAUCAAUGGGACGAAUCGGUUGUAAGUUGCUUAAAGGAAUGUCUAAUUCAGCUUAAGAAAAAACCAGAACAUACGGACCUUGAUAUGGAAAGUUUUAUAGAUAACUUGGAUAUUGACAAUAUCUUUAAUAAUUUCCAGAAUUAUCAAAAUUUCAUGGAUAUUCCAAAUAUAAACUUGUAUUGUUUCUUAAAGCAAUUAUCCAAGUUUAAAUCGGUGAAGAUACAAUUGUUGCGUAAAUGGCUUUUCUGUACUCCACGGACAAGAUAUGACUGGGAGUUAUUACUAAAACCAGUAUUAAACGUUAGAGUGCCGAUUGAAGUGAGAGAAAGGGACGGCUAUGUGCUGUACUCAUAUGGUUUGUCCACCAUAGAACAAAGGAAGAAAAGCAACUCUAAUAUUGUAACACCAUCACGCAUAUAA